AGUAAACAAGGAUUGUAAAAAAAGUAUUUUUGUCGUGAUUUAUAUUUAAAUAUCAUGUUAUAUUAGCAUCAGGUACUUACGCCACAGCUACCAAGAUGAUGGCCUUACCUGAACUAGACACAAGAACUGUUUUAAAUGUGGUAGAGGAGAAUUUCCAAAAACUAGGCUUGAAAGCCUAUGCUAUCCGCAUGAUAUACAUCGGCGAGCACACUUUGCCCAAAGAGGAAAUAAUACACCACUUCUCAAAGACCAUCACACUUGUAAACUCCACUUAUUGCGAGAUAAAUGUGUAUGGCUUGCUGCUUGUUUACGACAGUUAUUUUGUUCAUAUUCUUGAGGGUUCUGAAGACACUAUACACAGACACCUAAGAUUUUUGUUUAAACGCGAAGCUAAGUGGAUUGCUGACAUGGAGAAAUUAGAUCAAGAAGCAAACGGUGAGGGAACGGAAGGGCUCACCAUUCUCAUGUCUGAGGACACUGAACCUAAACCUGAAAGGAAAAUGUUUAGGCGUUUGAAAUCAGUGAUGACCUAUCACUCUGUUCGAACGCUCCAAUUCAAGAACUGGCGUGCGGUUACAGCCAGGCCUCCGUCACUGAUCGGCAAGUUGGACCUCUUCGGACCAUUGCAAGAACACUUGGAGCAACUGCGUAUUUUCCUCAAUAAAAUUAGUAAGAUCUGUGAGUUCGCGCAAGCAGACGAAGAAUUGUCAUUUGAAGGAUUGAGGGUUAUUGAUCCCAAGAUGGAAGCUUUGCCCGAGGUAGCCUUGUUGGACUUCCUGCUACAAUCUCCUCAUAUACUGCCGCUACGGGAGACGGCGGCUUUGCAUAGACAUGUUGACGACUAUAGAUAUUAUUUUGAGGACGUCUGGCCCUUGCCCACACAUUUUACUCCAAGGUUCCUGUAUAAGCUGAAGAUCGACGACUCCUUCGUGGAGCCACUGCCUGUAAUGCCUUGGGAGAAUGUUAAGAAGGAGGGUGAGGACGAGGAGCGCGAUGAUCGUGAGGAACCCACUGACGGAUCUUCUAGUGAUUAAAUUAUGGAAAAUAUAUUAGCUUCUACAAAUAUUUAUACAUACUGGUCUGAUAGAUUUCUAGUCAUUUUUAUAGUUUUAUGUUUAUAUAUUAAUUACAAGCCCUUGCGCCU